AUGCUGGACGGCGUCGUCAGUGCCAAAAGAGAGUAUCAGAAGGUUGCUUUGGAUGAGGAAGCCGCCCAGAGCUCCCAAGAUGAACCUAGAAUUGCGCGUCGUACCGUCUGGCACUACAUCUGCAUUUUCGUUCUUGCUCUGGGAUGGGCUGCAACGGCGGUUCACGACUACCGCACGCAAGCAAUAGAACAUGAAGAAAACGAAAGCACAUUGUUGCAUGUCUACUCCCACACGCCCAUCCCGAGAGAGGUCUUCAAUCCGGUGAAGAAGGUCUUCGACAAGGACCCGCGCUACAUGGGCGACGGGCCUGAGGUGAACCACUACUGGGACAAGCUUGUUGCAGGCCACGACGCUGUCUGGAUUGAGAACCCGCAACAAUGGAGCCUGCCGGAGGGCAUCGUUGCGCCAUACGACCACCCAAACACGCCCAGCCCCAAGCCCACCGACUUCUACGUCAUUUCAAUCUUGCAUCAGCUGCAUUGUUUGAACAUGAUCCGCUUCCAGUACUACCAGGAGAAGAAGCGGGUCGACACGUCGGCGGACCCGGACGCGUUCAAGUGGAAGGUGCACGUGGAACACUGCUUCGAGUACCUGCGGCAGGGCAUCUCAUGCGGCGGCGACCUGAUCAUCGAGGGCAGCAGCCCGAUCAACGUCGGCAAGGGCCACGCGACGUCGGUGACGGGCUGGGGCGUCGAGCACGACUGCAUCGACUUCGACCGCCUGCGCCAGUUCCAGAUCGAGCAGGAGGCAAAGUACAACGAGACAUGGCAGCAGCACAAGUAG